AAUAAAAAGUUGUAAAUGGGUCCUAAAAAGGAAAAAAAGAAGACAAAAAAAUUGAGCAAGGCUCAAAAAGCAAAGUUAAAAAAAAAAGCAGCAGAGUUAAAAGCAAAACAAGAAGAAGAAGAACGUAUACAAAAAGAAAAAGAAGAAAGAGAACGCAAAGAAAGAGAGGCCAAAGAAAAAGCUGAGAGAAAACUACUGGAAGAAAAGGAAAGAGGUCUUCAUCAAGACAAAAUUAAUGAACUAAAUCAACUGUUAGAAGAAAACAAUAAUAUUUUAAUGCAAUAUAAGAAAUCAAAAUUAAAAGCGGAAAAGUGGGAAAAAUAUAUGCUCUGUGAAGAAAGGCCAAACAUAUCAAAUUACAAGGAAAUGAAUACAUUUAUAAGUUUACUUUCCACUGAUGAAAAUAUGGUAAAUAUUAAAUAUGUCUUGGAAAAAUGUGACUUGAUUGUUAAGUUAGCAAAAGAAUGUGGAAAAAGUACUGAAGACAUUAUGUUGGAAAAUGCAAUUGUUGAAGAAAUGGGAGAAGCUAGUUUAAUGUCUUUACAAAAAUACAAUGAGUUGAAAGAUGCACUUCACAGUUUGAUCAUUAAUAAGAUAGAUGCUGUUACAAAGAAUCUUUUGGAGCAGCCUGUUAAUAUUAUUGAUUCAGAAACACUUAAUAUUACAUCAGAGAAUCAAAGCCAAAGUUUUAAGAUCUGUUUAUGGGGAAAUACAGGAAAGAAUCCAAGAGUCAAGCAAAUUACUUUUCAAAAUGAUAAGUUUACAAUGGAGCUUCCGAAAUUCAUGGCAUUAGCAGAUGUUGCUCUUCGUGUUAUUUACAUGAAAUUAGACAUUUUUUCAAUCCAGUGUCCAACAUAUUCUAUGAAAAUAAAUGCUGUUCAAAACAUACUAGAAGUCUCUAAAGAGAAAACAGUUGAAGGGUCUUCAAUAAAUGCUAAUCAAUGUAUUACUGAAGUACAGAGUAUUAGUGGAGAUAAAGAAAUUUCCACCAACACAGAUGAAAAUAAUUUACUUGAAACAAUCAUUGAUUUGAGACAAUAUCAUCCUAUUGGUUCAAUUUUUAUUGUUGAUUUAUUUGAACUUCCAAAUCAAGCAAAAGUAGUUAAAGGCUGGAACAUGCAACAAGUUAAUUAUGGCAAACUCAAGAGUUUUACUUAUAAUAAAGAUGAAAAUCCAUCACCAUUAGUUUUGACAGUAAGUAUUGAUGAAAAUAUUGUUUUAUAUGAUACUCCCCAGAUAGCUCAUUGGGACUCAUUGACAAAACAAUGGAAAACUAAUGGAAUUUCGGAUACACGUUAUGACAAAGAAGAGAAUCUUUUGUUUUUUCGGACAGAUGUGCUGGGUCCUUUUGCGUUGAUGCAGGAUGUGUAUUAUAACAUGCCUUUUCAAUAUUGGAGUGUUUGUCCACUUGCUUUAAAUAAGUGCAUCCUUAAAGUUGUUGGUGUGGCCAUGGAAAUAUUUAUUACAAUUAAGGAUGAGUUAUGCUGUGCUAGUUUUCCAAAACAUAACUAUCAUUUACAUCACUUAAAUGAUCAAUGGGUUACACCUAAAGAACUUAUUGAACUUUUACGUAGCACUGGUGUUAAUAUUUUUCCUUAUGAAGAUGGCUACAAGUAUAUUGAUGUUUCCCAAAAAGAUAAUAUUUUACUAAAAUCUUUGUAUCAACAAAUGUCAUUGUUAGCAUGUUCUUUUUCAUUUUGUUGGAGCAAAUGGAACAGUUUUUGUGAUGAAGAGAAUGUCGUUUUACAAGCAACUGAAUGGAUAUCUUUGAAUGAAUCUUUUGAACAUCCUGAAAUGAGUGACUACCAUUUGUAUUUGGCAACGACCAGGAUAUGCUGCAAAUUGAAAGUAAAUGAAAAUGCGGACGCUUUUUCUAAUGAAUUAUUCCCAGAAACUAGCAUGUUACCUGAUCUCUAUCAUACAUUACGCAAAGAAGCAAGCAGCGCUGUUCGUGCAAGAAUUAAAGAAACUUCAGUUUUAUUUGUUGAGUGUGUUAAUGAGUUAUUGUCUGCUUCAAACUUGCUUGUUUACUCUUGAAAAAUAAAAAAGUAAAAAAAUAUAUUUA